AUGCCGCGCGGUGGGAAGAGAGGUGGCGCCCGCGCGCCGCCGCGCAAGAUCCCUCGCCUUCGUCCUAGUGGUGGCAUAGCAAACGGCUUCAUUCCUGCCGUAAGCUCAUCCGGGUUUACUUUGCAAGACGAAGCCCGCAGCACUGCUCAUCGCUCGUCACCCUGGAGCAGUGAUUCAAGACUACGCCAUAGGCCCGUUACAUUUAUCAACACUGGAGCCGCAGAGCCUCUCAAACAAUUAGAAAAUAUCUUGCAAAAAGAUGAGGAGGGUUCUACAAAUAGACCCCAGGAGGCACCCGAUGGUCCACACAUUUCCCACCUUCAAGCCGACGAUGCACUUCUUGACGACCACGAGUCUGCUUCUGCGUCUGAUGAAGCCAAAGUCCACGAAGCGGCACCGGCUGAUGCUACCGUUGGCACCACGGAUGCCUCUCUAGACACAUCUGAGGCAGCGCAGGCUACGAUCUCCCAGCUACAAGAUAGUGCGAGGACGGAGGCUCUGUCCACUGAAAAAACAGCCUCGCCUCUGCCAUUCUUCUUCGACGUGGUGGGAGAGAAUCAACUACUCGACACCCCUCUAGAUCAAACCCCAACUCGAUCCCCGUCGCCCACGCCGUCCAAUUCCAGCGAGGAAGUAAUUCUCUUCAGAGGCCGUAACAAGGUCCCCAAAGAUAGGCAGAAAUUGAAACCCAAGACCAAGUCGAAGCUGAAGGCUUUCAACUUGGACGGCAUUUCUACGGAAAUCGACGUUCUCGAGAGGACUGUCAAAUCAAAGAAAAACAGCCGAGGGGAUGCACCUAGGAAGACCGGGGAAAAUUCCUACAGGCAAUCACAUCCAAUUAACGUCAAAGACCUCAAGAGACAGGAGGAAGACGACUUGAUUGCAGAUUAUAUUGCCAAUCUCAGGGAGUAUGGCGAAGAUGAGGUGCUGGUGCCUGUGGAUGCUUAUUCUCGCCGGGACCUAGGCGGCUCUCUGAGUGAGUCUGGAGCCAUCGAAGACUCGUUUCAGACUGUCGUCGCUACGAGCAUGGCCAAGGCGGUAUCAGAAGUCGACAACGAUCUGGGUAAUACGGCAGCAGAGUUUGACGUAGUACCUCGAGCAAGCGACCCGAAACCUCUAUGGGACGCACAAAUGCAAUCCAAACGAGGCCAAAUUACACAAGUUGAUGAUACAUUGACGGGGAUUUUCGAGACGGAUGCCUCCUACCUGGCAUCACUCGAGCAGUCUAAUGUCGAGGACGCAUCACCGAAUUCGGAUUCGAGCGACCAGGACGACGUGGAAGAUAAUAUCUUCACAUCAGCGGCAGACAGAUUCGCAAAUGAGAUCGACGACUUCGAUUACAUGGACUGGAACCGCCCAGCGCUUAAGAGCAAGAAGGGCAAGGGUGCUAGAGGCAAGGUUCCUGUAUUCGACGUUUCAGACUCUGAGCUGGAGGGCAAGAUCCAGGCUGCGUGGAAGAAUGACCGCUUGAAAAAAGCUGAGAGAAAAAAAGAACGCCAGGCUUUGCGAUCUCUGGGACUCUUGGGUAAGCAUGCCAAUCCGGAAGACCUUAGAGUCAAAUACCCGCACGGGAUGGGACUGGAACAAAUCGCCGACGAGCUGAGGACAUUCCUUUUGGGCACACACCCGAGUCUCACGCUACCGCCCAUGGACAAUCAUGCUCGAAAAGUGAUUCAUGAGUUGGCCAGCAAAUUCAAUAUCAAAUCCAAGUCGACAGGAUCCGGUGAUCAAAGGCGGCCCAUACUUCAUCGCACUUUCAGAACCGCCAAGUUUGCUGACGAGGUUUUUGAUAUCGCUAUCGCUCGGGUCGGUCGCAAGUACUUCCCCCGUAACGACACGACACUGCGGGCCGCCGCACAGAGGCAAUCGGCUCGUCGAGGGGGCGCUGGCGGGCACGCUGGCGUUGUUUAUCGGGAUGGUGAGGUUGUCGGUGGUUCGGCGCCGGAACUGAGCCAGGAAAACAAGGGUCGCACGAUGCUCGAAAAGAUGGGUUGGAGCAGCGGUACCGCACUGGGCGCGAUGAACAACAAGGGCAUCUUGCAGCCUGUCGUCCACGUCGUGAAGCGAAGCAAGGCUGGGCUUGGAUAA